AGGAGUGAACACAAUACAUCAGGCCACCACCAGUUGCAGCAAAAGACCUUUGAUCAUUCAGUUGAAGAUACUGCGUCGGCAUUUCGGACGCCAAACCCAGUAAGAAGAGAGAGUGGUAAUCACGGAGCCUAGGAAAGGGGACCUGCAUACUUGUCAGUAGUAUGAGAUCAUCGCUUAUAGUCUGUCUGUUACUCGGAGCAGUCAUCAAGUAUGCAGUAACUGAGCAAGAAUACAUAUGCGGUGUUGGACCUCACAAUUACAAUAUCUACUCUCCAGCAUUUACAAUCUACCAGCUUCUCGAAAGACGCGUUAAUCUAACUAUUCCAUUGGCGGGCAACCAAUCAGAGUCAUUUAGAUGGGGUUUCUACAAAGGAAAUUCUAAAUUAGAAUUUAGAACAUUUCAAGUUCUGCAUCACAAUGGAACUAUCGAAACACAUAAAUCGAAUGCUAGUGUACUUCUACAAGACUCGAGUUACAACGGAAUUCAAAUCGAUAGCACUCAAGUUGUAAAUAAAACUGUGACUAAACAUCGAGGCAAACGUGUUACAAUUAACACUGGCGACUUUCCUGCUGUUGACCAAGUAAACACAACCAUUUGUGACACUAGCAUUUCUGUGUGCGUCAAUAUCACUGGCAUUCCGCCUCCUUCUACUACAAUACAGACCCAAGAACAUGUCAGUAUGGCAGCUAAAAAGCAAGCUCAGUUUUGUUCUACAUUUGACAAACCUAACGUUAUAAACAUUCUAACUGUCUUCAUUACUGCAUCCAAUUGUUUUGGAAGUACUACUGCAAAUGCAUCCAUCAGUUUUAUAAAUGAUAUUUCUCGUUGCAAUUUUACGACUUGCUCAGCACUUGAAAGUUUUAUAUUAGAUCCUCAACAGCCUGCUAGUACAGCAAGUUAUAUUUCGUGCAACUUUACGUCCGUCACUCAAAAUCACUUUGUUUCUUCGAGAACCGUCAUUGAUUCGACAGAAUACCUUACAACAAGUUCAUCUACAUCAGAUAAACAAACCAGUACUCCUACAUCGAUCAAACAAACAAGUCCAACUACAUCAGGUAAGCAAACAAGUCCUCAUACAUCGAACAGAAAAACAAGUCUAACUAAAUCAGAUAAACAAACAAGUCCAACUAGAGCAACUCAACAAAAAAUAAGUCAGUCCACAACUUACCAACAGAGACUGAGUCUAACUACGGAAUAUCGUAAGUUAGCUACUAGCCCUGUAGCAACAGGAACGUCUCCUCCAACUCAGAAAGAUUCUAGCGCUCAAGGAAUUCCUGUAUACAUUAUUGCUGCAGCAUGUGUUGGUGCACUAGUUUUGAUCGUCGUGAUCCUUAUCAUUAUUGUUUGCUGCAAACGAAAAUCAGCUCGCAAAAGAACACUAAACUCAGAUCUUCCAACAACUGAACACAUUUAUGCGAACAGAUUCAAUUUAUCAAAUGUAGAAUUACAAUCUAUACACGACACUGCAAACGAGGUCUACGAAAGUGCUAAAUUUGAAUUUCCCAACGCACGUGCAGCUCGCGAGAAAGGAGUGCCAGCUGAUCAUGACGAACACAAAAAAGUAUACAAGACGGCAAUGCAGAACAAUACAGCUUACGGAACUACUUGAUGCGAUAGACUUCAGCAUGCAUCUAGCCACUCUGCUACUCAGUGAUAAAAUGUUUUUGCAUGUAUGAGCGAAUACGUUCGUGAAUUGCUGAAAACGAAAUUCAAUAACGUUAUAAACAAACAUUAUAUAUACACGUACAAUACACAU